GACUAUUGGGCUUCUGUGGGAUGCUCCAUUAUGCAAUGCAGCAACACAGAGGUUGGAGCUGGGACUAUGAAUCCUCUUACAUAUUUAAGGGUCCUCGGUCCAGAACCAUGGAAUGUUGCAUAUGUAGAGCCUAGCAUCCGCCCCGACGAUAGCCGAUAUGGAGAAAACCCAAAUAGGCUCCAAAGACACACUCAAUUUCAGGUCAUAUUGAAGCCUGAUCCUGGAAAUUCACAGGACCUUUUUAUCCGCAGCCUAUCAGCUUUAGGUAUUGAUGUUACUGCUCAUGAUAUACGAUUUGUGGAGGACAAUUGGGAGAGUCCAGUUCUUGGUGCUUGGGGUUUAGGCUGGGAAAUCUGGAUGGACGGGAUGGAGAUUACGCAAUUCACCUACUUCCAGCAGGCAGGAAGUCUCCCGCUAUCACCUGUUUCCGUAGAAAUCACGUAUGGCCUUGAGCGUAUCAUUAUGUUACUACAGGGAGUUGAUCAUUUCAAGAAGAUCAAAUAUUCCGAUGGAAUUACAUAUGGAGAGUUGUUCUUGGAGAAUGAGAAAGAAAUGAGUGCAUAUUACUUGGAGCAUGCCAGUGUUGAUCAUGUUCAAAAACAUUUUGAUUUCUUUGAGGAGGAAGCUCGUAGAUUACUUUCUUCAGGCUUAGCAAUCCCUGCGUAUGAUCAGCUUCUAAAAACAUCUCAUGCUUUCAAUAUAUUAGAUUCCAGAGGCUUUGUUGGGGUGACGGAGCGUGCUCGAUAUUUUGGUCGAAUGCGUAGUUUAGCUCGCCAGUGUGCACAACUUUGGUUGAAGACUAGGGAGAAUCUUGGCUUCCCUCUUGGUUUCAUCUCUGAACCUGAUAAUUUUGUAUUGCCAAAAGAAGUUCUUGAGGCUGCUUGUGAGAAGGUGCAUGAUCAGUCAAGAGCAUUUGUUCUUGAAAUUGGAACAGAAGAGAUGCCCCCUCAAGAUGUUGUAGAUGCAAGCAAGCAACUGAAAGAUUUGAUGCUGCAAUUACUAGAGAAACAGAGGUUAAAGCAUGGCAACAUGCAAGUUUUUGGCACCCCACGCAGAUUAGUGGUUGCCAUUGAAAAUCUUUCCACAAAACAAGCAGAAGUGGAGGUUGAGGUUCGAGGUCCUCCAGUUUCAAAAUCGUUUGAUCAUGAAGGAAACCCAACAAAGGCCAUUGAAGGAUUUUCCCGUAGAUACUCUGUUCCACUGGACUUGGUAUACCGAAAGGUUGAUGGAAAAACAGAAUAUGUUUAUGCUCGUGUGAAGGAGCUUUCAAGAUAUUCUUUAGAGGUUCUGUCUGAAGAUUUGCCUGCUACUAUUUCUAAAAUAUCAUUUCCAAAGACGAUGAAAUGGAAUUCUCAGGUGAUAUUUAGUAGGCCUAUCCGUUGGAUUUUGGCUAUGCAUGGAGAUGUAGUAGUCCCGUUUAUGUUUGCUGGGGUAUUGAGUGGAAACUUAUCUCGUGGUCUUCGCAAUACUUCUUCAGCUAUCCUCCAGGUUGAAAGUGCAGAAUCUUAUUCAGUUGCAAUGAAACAUGCGGGAAUCAAUGUUGCAGUUGAGGACCGCAAGAAAAUUGUUGUUCAGCAAUCUAAUGCAUUAGCAGAAAGUGUAAAUGGCCAAAUUGUUAUUCCAACAGGCUUGCUUGAUGAGGUUGUAAAUCUUGUUGAGGCACCUAUUCCAGUGCUUGGAAAGUUUAAAGAAACCUUCUUGGCCCUUCCAAAAGAACUUUUGAGCAUGGUUAUGCAAAAGCAUCAGAAAUAUUUUGCUGUAUGUGAUGAUGAAGGACAGCUGUUGCCUUAUUUUAUUGCUGUUGCAAAUGGAGCAAUUGAUGAGACUACUGUGAGGAAAGGAAAUGAAGCUGUCCUCAGGGCUCGCUAUGAAGAUGCCAAGUUCUUUUAUGAGAUGGACACUCGUAAAAAAUUCUCUGAAUUCCGGAAGCAACUUAAAGAUAUUCUGUUUCAUGAGAAGCUUGGAACCAUGUUGGAUAAGAUGACUCGUAUAGAAAACAUGGUGAUUAUGCUAAGUUGCAUCCUGAAUAUUAGUGAAGAUAAACAACAAAUCAUCCGGGAUGCUGCCUCGCUUGCUAUGUCUGAUCUUGCCACUGCUGUUGUCACUGAAUUCACCUCACUUUCAGGAAUAAUGGGGCGUCACUAUGCCAUUAGAGAUGGAUAUUCAGAGCAGAUUGCAGAUGCCUUGUUUGAGAUCACGCUUCCUAGAUUUUCUGGGGACAUGCUACCUAAGAGUGAUGCUGGCAUAGUUUUGGCCAUUGCUGAUAGAUUAGACAGCCUGGUAGGUUUGUUUUCUGCUGGAUGUCAACCUAGUUCUACAAAUGACCCAUUUGGUCUGCGAAGAAUCUCCUAUGGUCUUGUACAAUUGUUGGUGGAAAAGAACAAAAACCUGAACUUGAAAGAGGCUCUGCAACUUGCUGCAGAUGCACAAUCCAUCAAAGUGGAUCCGCAUGUAAUAGAUGAUGUAUAUCAGUUUGUUACUCGAAGAUUAGAGCAGUUUCUGGUUGACAAGGGAGUGAGUGCAGAAUUUGUUCGUUCUGUCCUUGCUGAGAGGGCAAAAUUUCCCAGUCUAGCAGCAAAGUCAGCAUAUAAAAUGGAAGAAUUAUCAAGAGAUACACUUUUCCCUAAAGUGGUUGAAGCAUACUCUCGACCAACAAGAAUUGUCCGUGGGAAGGAAGGCGAACUUAAUAUGACGGUGGAUGAGGCUGCUUUUGAGACAAAUGAAGAGAGAGUUUUAUGGAGCACAUUUUUGUCAGUUAAAGAGGGCAUUAAUCCUGGUCUUGACAUUGAUGAUUUUGUUGAGAUUUCAUCUCAGCUAAUACAGCCGCUUGAAGAUUUUUUCAACAAUGUCUUUGUUAUGGUGGAUGAUGAUAAGAUCAGAAAAAACAGGCUAGCUAUGCUAAAAGAAAUUUCUGAGCUUCCAAGAGGAAUAGCAGACCUCACAGUUCUUCCAGGAUUUUAAGGAUCCAUAAACAUAAUAUUUAUUCCUCAUAGGAUAGACCAAUUAGUUUUUGUUUCUUGGUUUCAUUCGAGUUUCUAUAUGCUACCUUGUGGCUUUAUUCUUGAGGAUAGGGGCUAGUUUGUAAAUUAGUUGUAGCAUAUGUAUUAUCCUUUUGGAUAUUCUUCAUUCAUCAUCUUAUAAUAAAAUAAAAAAGCGCAAACUUUUUUUA